AUGAUAUUCUCUAGUUUAUCUUUUCUUUUUAGUUUCCUUGUAUUUGCCUUUACUUUAGCUGAGUCACUUGUUUCGAAUGAGGAUGUUUAUCUUGGCAAGCACAAUGCAUCUUCCAUUCUAGAAACCCAGAAAAUAUGGUUUGUGACUUUUACUGAAACUGGAGAGGUUUUCAAAGACUUAUCUGAACUUUGGGAAGCAACUUCCACUGCAUAUCCAAAUCUUCACCAUGCCAAGGUGCUUUGCGAUUUGGAAUAUGAUUUUUGCAAAAGUCAAGGCGUACAUGAGUAUCCUCAGAUUGCUGUUUUACGUAGCGGAGCCUGGAUGAGAAACGUUUUGGACGACAGCCAUCAUUCAGUUGAUUCGGUGUUGGAGUUCAUCGAGGCACAUUUAACUCACUGUGAAUCGGAAUUCUUUAAAUCGGGUUCCAAAUGUCUAACGGAAGAGAGAUACGAAGAUGAACAGUUGGAUUCCCAGGAAGCAGUUUUUGAACUAGAGGAAGACGAAUCCUGGAAAAGAGUCGACUCUUUAAGAAAACCUGUCAAUUUAGAAUUUCGAGAUUUUCUUGAUGAUUCUGCAAAUAUCCUCUCCGAGAGAGCCUUUGUUAUGUUUUAUUCAACUACCAAAUGUACGGAUUGCUUUCAAUGGGAGCCCAUCUGGUUGAGCAUUACCAGGGACGUAGCAAAUGAUUUGACUAUGGGGUACGUCAAUUGCGAUAAGGACGAGGCUCUCUGUGCUUAUUACGAUGUACAUGAAUAUCCUACAUUUUUAGCUUUUCAAAAGCUGGAUGCUGUCAAAUAUGAUGGUCCACUGAAUUAUCGGGAAUUAUCGCGAUUUGCGAACCAGUUGGCAACUUACCAAACGUUACAUAUCCAACCGGAAGAGAUUGACUUUGUAGAAGACACACAUACAACUUUUUUCAUCUUCUUCCACGAUUACGCUCUUGCGUCAGAGGAUAUGCAAGCUUUAAGGCGCAUGGAACUGUAUCUCGUUGGUAGUGCUCCUUUGUAUCAGUCAGAUUCUGCUGCCUUGGCCAGAAAGUACGGAGUUCAUGCCUUGCCUGCAUUCGUUUCCGUGAGAAACGGGGAGCCUUUUAUUUACCAAGCGAAUACACCGCGUCAAUUUCGUUCACACGAAAGGAUUCGUAAUUGGAUUCACCAAGCGUCACUCCCAUUAGUGUCAGAACUGUCACCUACCAAUUGCCAUAAGAUGGUGAACCGACAAUUGAGCGUUAUAGCAUUGCUUAACCCUGAGUCUGAAACCUAUGUGGGAGAUCGAGCUAGACUGUUAAAUUUUGGAAAACAUUGGUUCCAAUUUCAAAAGAAGCGGGAACGCAAUUUUAUUUCACACCAGCGAGUGAAGAAGUACACAGCCUUAACGAAGGCUAAAAGGUCCAAAAAUGAAAAGAAAAUCCAACGGAUCAAAUACUCCACUGUAGAACAUCCAGUCUUUACUGAGUCCGUAUCCUUUCUUUGGACCGAUUCUUCUGUUUGGCAAACUUGGUUGCUCACAAAUCUAGGUUAUUUAGAAAAUGUAACCAACGAAGCCACUCUUUUCAUCGUGGAUAACGAACGUGGAAUCUUCUACACUCAAGGACAAGAUAGUAGACCAUUGAGGUUGGAUGAACCAUCUUUGUUUUCUACAUUGCGAACGAUUCUUGACAACUCAAAAUCGAUCCCUCACCAAGAAAUGGGUAAAGCAACUAUGUGCGGUGGUGAUAUAUAUCAGAGAGGUGCACAUUUCAAACCAUUUAUCUAUUGUUUAUUUUUGUUUUUAUCAUGUAUCAUGAUUAUUGUAAUCAUACAAAAGCGACGACGAUCAAGGCCCUCUCGGAUGCAACCCAUUCUUGGUUUUAUGGACUUUCAUCCUUUAGUUACUAUAAAGGCAGACUAA